AUGGCGGACGAUAACCGAGCUGACGAUGUUGGGAGAAAGGGCUCUGUUCGUCGAGCAAGAGAAAAGGCCAGGCAAAAUAUGGACCACGAAGAACAUGAGAUGACUGGCAGGAGUCUCUCUGGGCACGGCAGACGGCCGCCGCCCGUUGCAACGGGCAAAGAACAGGGCCAUGGCGCCAAACGGUCUGUUGUACAGGACCCUGCGGCCAUGACCCGUCCACGACGUAAUACCAAUCCUUAUGCUAAGGAAAUGGCGGAGGCACAAGCGCAGGCACAGGCAGCCUUGCAGCGGGCUGCACGUCAGCCCAGCGCCGUUGAUACUUUUCUUCACGACUCCAGAGGAAGACGGUAUCCCCCGUCCAACCCAUACCACGGAGCUACUUCCUCACCGCCGUCUACUUACUCCCAGAGUUCCGAAUACGGCACCACCCUAGCAGUGCCAUCAAUCGAUCACUCUCACCACGGUCAGAUCCUAGCCCAUCCAGCACCUGCUCGACGAUCCAAUUCUAACCCCUCUCAAGGCAACGGCCGUCGUGACCCGCAAGGAAAUUUCUACCCAAUUGGAUCGACCGUCUCGCCUAUUCCAGAGGAAUUUCCCUCCCAUAUCCAGAGGAAUGUCAAAUCCUUCGCGUCGAGCAAAGUGAUUCCAUCAAGUUGGGGCUCCGCUCCGUUUGAAACUGUCGAUCUCAAAUACGAGGAGAUGCGUGAAGCAGCCAUCGGUACCGACGGCGGAUCGUCCGCUUACAACGAGGACGAGAUGGCGCAGGCACUCAAGGCAAAGUCAGCCCUACGCAUCAGAAACAAAGAUAGCAUCGACAUCGCAACAGGCUCUGGCCCUGGCUCCAGCCUUGCUAGACAAGUCAGCAUGGGUAAGUCAGGCAAAGGCGAGCUGCGGACUAUUAAUAUCACCAAAAGCGACUCUCAAUCGAUGCACAACCGUACCAUGAGCGAAAAAUCCUUUGGAGCUCCAUCAGAAGCCGGCACUGUUGCUUCAAGUGGUACAAUCGGCAUCGCCAUCAACCCAUCUCUGCGUGCAAAUAUCCCCGGUCACCACAUACCGCCAUCGUUCCACAAUCCUACAGGCCCACUCCGACCAAGCCGGCUGCGUGCAAACUCGCACUCUUCCGUUGAGUCCUUUGACGAAGAAGAGGAGCCAGAGGGCGACGAGGUGCCGAUAAUACACAAGCAGCCUACCAAUGAUUCCGAGUUCAGAGAUAUCGAACUUGGUGGACGCAGAGCCUCACAGUUCAGUGACUUGCCUGCUCCACCCGGCCUGAACAUCAGCGGAAAAGAACCAGAGUUAGCAUCAAAUCUUGAUCGCGGCAAGACGGCCAGCAAGGGCCCAACUGCGAUGUUCGAAAUGUACAAUGCAAGUUCAGAGGCCAAGAACAAAGAGCGUCGAUACUCUGGUUCGAUAAAUGAUAUCCUCGCUUGCUUUCCUCCCCCUGGUAUCCAGACUCCUGGCAAUAACCCUGCUCAAGCCGGCAAUGACUCCAAGGGUAAGAGUGAGGUCGAAGUUCCAAAGGCUAAGCGCCGGUUCUGCGGUUUGCCUGCACCGGCUCUCAUCGUCUUCUGCAUCGGACUGGUUCUUCUGCUGGCUAUUAUAAUCACCAUUCCACUCGCUGUCGCUGGCAAACCACGCAACCAUUCGCCCAUGACCUGUGAGCUCGAACUCCCCUGCAACAACAGAGGUAGCUCCUCAGAACACUACGCCACAACCGACUUCCACACCUACGCCCACCCGCACUUCAUCUUCUACACGGACUUCAUCACCUACAUCAUCCCCGACUCGCACAUCAACACCAACUUCAACAACAUUGCCUACACCGAUGCCAAGUUUCUUUACAUCUUCGAGAAGACUGAGAAAUUCAGCGCUGCCCAUGCAGCUCACGAUGCUAUCCAGGAUGCUCUCCGUCGUCCUUCCGGAAUAGAGAAUAACCUCCCUACCUUUAAACCAGUGCAGCUUGAAUACGGCGAUAACACGUUCUUGCUCGGCUUCGAUACUCUCUCCAUCACUUUCUUCGAGAAAGGAGCUCAAGCGGUCGUCGUUGGUGGUAAAGGUGACAAUGUCAGCUCAUAG